AUGGUAUAUGCGAGUCGUUCGCGAACAGCUCUUUCUUCGGUUCCCCAAAACCACACUUCCGACAUUCCUUCUGCAGCAUCUUUGAGCACAAAGUCGAAUCAGUCUCGUCUGUCUUGUCCCUUCACCUAUCAGGCAAACACGGCCAAGAAAUCUCGACGCUCCCUCCUUUGUGCCAAACUUGCCCACACCAGCUCGGCUCUGCUGCAUUCUCCGUCUCUAGCCAAACAGGCUGCUUGCAUUGUCGAUAUUCCUGUACACGUCGCUCCCCCUUUCUCGAUGCAGGUCGCUCAGCUCCGCGCUGGGCUCAAGCGCAAGAAGGACGCUCGCAACCAGCUUGGUAGGGAGCCGCCUGGAAACGCCAAGUCAAGCGACAGAUCUUCCGCCGGCGUAGACUCUCUCGAGGCCAGUCAUGUACGUAGGAGUGCCGUUGCCUCCACCUCUCAGCUUCGCAGGACCGGCUCUCAUGCUUCUCGCACCCACAAGGAUAGAGGUCUCGACAACAUCAUAACAUCGCCUUACCUUCCUCGAGACAAGCCCGCGUCUUCAGCGAGCGAGCUUUCCGACUGGUCAUCUGUGGCUUCGGUGUCUCCAACCACAUCCCGUGCGCCCCACUCCAGAUUCGACGAUGCUUCAGCUGCAGCCGUAGCUCCGGCUCGUCCGGGCAUCCAGACCAGACGCUCCGGUCGCAACUUGCUUCACAGAACCAUGGAUGGGAUGACGCUCGAAGAUAGUUUGCCUGUCGGACUUGGACUUGGCGUUCGGAGAAGCAGCCGAUCUCAUUCUGCUUCGAUGAGCCGCCAGAGCAGCAGUCAGACCGCAGGUCGUCCAGAUGGCUCCCCUGGACGCUCAUGUACAACCAAAGCUUCCCAGAGGUCCGGCGCCUCCCCAGAUUCCGACCACAGCAGCUCUGCCAGCCCUAACAUGGACGACGAAGAAGCGGAGCAUGCACGUCUUAUCUCGUCAGCACCCAACUGGCAGCUCCAUCGCCUUCGCAAGGACGAGCUCAUCGAUCUUUCCACCAAAGCUGGGGCGUGGCAAGCUCUCCCUGCAGAGGACGAGCUCGAGCUGCUAACAAAGCAGGACCUUGUCAAUCAGAUCAUCACCUGCCGCUCUCGACUCGACCGCUCCCAGUCUAUUACUCGUAAGGCAUCCGCAUCUCUUCAACGUCCUCAUCGAAGCUCUAAGGGCGCUCACUUGGACGACAUGCACGACCAAAAUGCAGAUGAUACGAGUGGCCUCUGGAUGGGAUCCUCGAGCCGCAGAGCUUCUCAUCGACUCAACCGCAGAUCACGAGACAUCUCUUCCUCCAAUUCAGCAGAUGAUCGCGAGGAAGAUCACAGCGAAGCAUCCAAUGAGGCUGGCGGAGAGGAAACCGAAGCCGAGCCCCAGCGCUCAUCUAGCAUGCGACGACACAACGGACGAUUGACCUCGACUCAAGCACGGCUCAAGUCCGAUGUGACUCUGCGUCGUAUGGACUCUUCCACCUUUGAUGAGCUCGAGCCAUCCAAGACAAAUCAGGCGCCACGCCGCCAGCUCCGCGACAAGGCAAGUCUCAAAGGGGCCAUCAAGCGUCGCCUUCGUAUCGCUGAUGGCUCCGAGGCACUAUCAGCAUCUACCUCCUCGUCCAUCUUUGGAGGAGGUCGAAGUUCGCAUGCUUCCAACACCUCUCCCUUGCCCUUUGUACAUCGCCAACAGCAGCACAAUGUCUUCAUUGCAUCGUCUCCCGUCAGAACACGCUCGCGCUCGGCGCGCGCCACUCUGAAUCCUCCCCACAGGCGCAAGGCGGGAGCACGAGGCUUCAGCGGGUCGGAUGCAGGCCUCUCAUCCGCUGAUCCCAUGGCCACGCCCAAGCUCGGCAAUCACCGAACGCAAAGAGCUCGGAAGACUGUCCAGUUCAAUGCGGCAGCCUCAAUCGCGACCGAUGUUCUGGCCGAGGACGAGUGGAUGGAGGACCUCUCGACAGACAGUGAGGCGGUAGCCGCUGCUUUGCAGCCUCCAUCUGCUGAUGUGGUCGAUGACCACCAACAGCAGAAGGCAUCACGAAGGGUUUUACGUGCAAGACGUUCCACAGCCGACUCGGAAACGAGUUUGAGCUCGCAUCGUCCGCGAAGCCGAAGCGUUUCGGCAGAAGCACCUUCAGAUGAUCGUAUCGAAACAGCCGAACACAUUGAGGAUGAUGUCAUAGCUACAUCGGAUGACGACAAUGAUGCACCCACGCCGACCAAGUUUCGCAAGCUCCGAAACGGCAAGCUGCGUCUAAUAGCCGGCUCGUCUCGCUUAAGUAGUGAUGACGUUUCCCCAGAACCUGGAGCUCUCGAAGACGACGUCGACAUGGAAAGUGCCACAGAGUCUCACGGAAGGUCAGGAUGCCAGGACGGAAGCUCGACUUCGCGAGGUGUGGGUCGGAAGCAGCGGAGUGAGUCUCCCGAAAGUGGCAUUGCCCCAUCCGAGAGUCUGGAGAAUGCCAUGGUACAGCCCACAUUCACUACGCUUUCGCGGUUGCGUAAGUUGGAGCUCGAGCAGUUGUGCUUGCAUCGCGAGAUUGACAUCGAUGACGAUGACAAGAAAGCCAAUCUGAUCAAGAAGCUGCUUGACUGGAACCAGCUGACGGAGAUCGAGGCUGCAGCUACAGACGGCUCUGACACGGAAGCUGACCAAAACGGAACGACCGUCCGACCCAGCCACGACGCAGAUGCCGAUGAGACACGCUCGGACGUUUCGACCGCAACUGCUACCGCGGAAGAUGAAACUGCAAAAGCUGGGCAACGCACACCGACACGCAGGCGCGCCACCCGGGCUGCUAGCAAUACGCAUCCUGAGGCCACAGACAGCGAUCAGCCUUUGCUUCUCCGAGCCCGUGGAAAGGCAGUUUCAUCCGACAAGCUGCCAACGCCGCCCCUCACAUCAAACAAUGACGAGGCAAACCCACCACAGGCGGGCAACGGCAUUGACGAGCUCAACGGUCUCGAUCUGGAGGGCCUCAAUCUCACCGACAAGGAGAUUCACCCUUCCAAGCUCGAGAAGCUCGAGAAGAUUGGCUCUGGCGGCUUCAAAGAUGUCUACGUCGGCAAGUACCGCAUUUCGAAGACGCGCGUCAACAAAGUUGCGAUUGCUGAUAUUCGCGAUCAGUUGACCGAGAUGGACAUCAAGGAGCUAAGUCUGCUUCGCGACCUCCGUCACGAAAACAUCGUACGAUUCAUCGGAGUCAGCAUCCCUGAAGAUCCCCGCCACGUGCCGUGCAUGAUCGUCAGCGAGCUCUGCUCCAACGGCGAUUUGUUCGACUACAUCCGUAACAUAGCAGCACCGUGUGAUGCUGAAGUGUUCCGCAUUCUGCUCGAGACAGCUCGCGGACUGGAGUACCUACACACACGAACGCCUGCCAUUAUUCAUCGCGACUGCAAAUCAACCAACGUGCUCAUCACACGGCGCAAGACGGCCAAGAUCAAUGACUUUGGUCUGGCGCGUGUCAAGAACACUUCACGGUCCAUGAUGAAAUCGCUGGUUGGUACCGUCAACUGGCAAGCGGUUGAACUGUGGGUGCCCAAGCCGCACUACAACGAGAAGGUCGAUGUCUGGUCAGCGGCCAUGACGUUCUGGGAGGCUCUACAGUGGCACCAACCCGAGAAGAAGUACCCUUUCCAAGGAAUGAACGAGCAUCAGAUCUAUCAGGAUGUCGGUCAGAAGAGACAGCGUCCGUAUACGGGUUUCAUACGACGUCAAUUUGGAGGCGAGAUCGUCGAUCUGCUGGACAGGAUGUGGGACCAGACACCCAAGAACCGGCCAACGAUGACGGAAGUGUGCAACGAGCUGGAGGCGCUCAUCCAGAUGAAGAAGGAUGCUGCUGCAGCCAGCAACGGUCGCAGCAAGGCAUAG